GGUCAGGCGCAGGUAGGCCAGGCCAGGGGGUUGACAGCCGGGCUGGCGGGAUGUUGGGGGCCUAGGGGGUCCCGGGGGGUGUCCCAGCGCGGCUCAGCAGGCGCCCCUGCGCUGCCCUGUGCACAGGGCAGGAUGUAUACGCUCCUGUCGGGCCUGUACAAGUACAUGUUCCGGAAAGACGAGUAUUGCAUCCUCAUCCUCGGCCUGGACAAUGCGGGCAAAACGACCUUCCUGGAGCAGUCCAAGACCCGUUUCAGCAGGAGCUACAAGGGCAUGAGCUUGUCCAAGAUCACCACCACUGUGGGGCUUAACAUCGGCACCGUGGAUGUGGGGAAGGCGCGCCUCAUGUUCUGGGAUUUGGGGGGCCAGGAGGAGCUGCAGUCUCUAUGGGAUAAGUACUAUGCAGAGUGCCAUGGUGUUAUCUAUGUCAUCGACUCCACAGACGAGGAGCGGCUAAAUGAGUCCAAGCAGGCCUUUGAGAAGAUGGUCACAAGUGAGGCUCUGGACGGCGUGCCCAUCUUGGUGCUGGCCAACAAGCAGGAUGUGGAGACCUGCCUGUCCAUCCCUGAUCUCAAGACAGCCUUCAGCGACUGCACCUCCAAGAUCGGCAGGCGCGACUGCCUGACCCAGGCCUGCUCAGCCCUAACAGGCCAAGGUGUGCGCGAGGGCAUUGAGUGGAUGGUGAAGUGUGUGGUGCGUAACCUGCGCCGACCACCACGGCAGACCGACAUCACGUAGCCACCCGGCCGGCUCCACUGCCCUCUCCAGCCCUUCCCCUCCCCAUGUCUCAAUGGCUUUGGAUUUUCUCCCCACAAACUUGUGUGUCUGGAAGUGUGUGGGCCCUGGGGCUUCUGUACAGGGUUGUUGAGCAGUUGGGCCGGCUUCAGCCAAGGGUCCCCCUACCCUGCCCCAGGAAGGACCUGGCACCAAGGCUGGGUUGGCCUGAGCUGUUCCAUCCCUAAGGUGUUCCAGCCCAUGUCAGCAGCCAGCUGGGGCCUUGAGACCAGGUGGGGGACCUGCCCCAGACACUGAAUCCCCUUGUGGUAUCCCAAAAGAAGCCCAGGUAUGGGGGAAGCAGAGACCCUCAAAUGGGGCCAGUGUCCUAGCUGUAUCCCUGCACACAGGAGAGGUGCUGCUAGAGAAUGGUGGGGGCCAGCUGCAGGUGAGAUGAGCCAGGCUUGACAUUCCCCCUAGCUCUCUGGAGCUCUUCGGGGUAGCUUGCCAGCAAUUCUCAGGAAGCCUGGAAUGUCCCAUGGUCCCCCUGUGGAGGCACGCCUUGGGGCAGGCCCAGACCUCUAUCUGUGGAUGCCCUGGCUGACCUUGGCCCUCCCUGCACCCAUCGUGUUGGGGGCAGCAGGGGGCCUAGGUGCUACCCUACCCGGCCUCCUGCUAAGCACUAACCAGACAAUGGACAACCAAGUUUACAAAAGACUAUU